ACCAUCGACACACAACUUAGCAUACAAACUGAUAGAUAUAUCAGCGUAAGUUUUAUAAUUAUUGCACACAUAGUAAUGGUAGUGAACGCGAGGAAUUCCAGCAUAGUUUAAACAUAGCCUUGACCUCACUUGAACUCUUAGAGUGACAACUAGCUUAGGCCAAGCAAAUGAACCAUUGGGGUUGAAAGAAGCAACAGGGUGAAACGUUGUUUGAAAGCUGGAAACAAAUGAAAGAAAAUAUUUAGAUAUGAAAGAUAUUAUGUCAGCUACCAAGAACAAAUCUGAGUUUGAGGGUUUUUAUUCCCUUAUGGCAGAGAGGCAUGAUAUGUACAUGUGGGAGGGCAUGGAGGCCCCCAGCUCAUCUUCAGACGUGCCACACAUAUCAGAAAAUCAAGUGCCACUAAAUCGGUUGAAUGAGCAUCAUGGCCGCCACUUACCUCCAGUGCCACAAAAUGCCAUGGAGAGCUCACCUAGCCAACCUCACGGUGCUGACCUCUAUCAGGGCCCAUCCUCAACUACCUCAAAUCUUGUAUCUCAGACAUCACAGUUGGUUGUGCCUCAGCCACUGAAGGUGCACAAACUGCAAGCUGCAAGAAGUUACCAAUGCAAGAUGUGUGAACAGAUGUUUGACACAAAGGCGGACAUGAUGCUCCACAGUCAGCACGUUCACAAGCAAGACCCAAGACCAUACAAGUGUCAAACAUGCACAAAAAGUUUCGCAAAUUCCUCCUAUCUCUCCCAACACAAUCGUAUUCAUCUGGGUAUUAAGCCAUAUGGCUGUCGAAUCUGUGACCGCAAGUUCACGCAGCUAUCACACAUGCAGCAGCAUCUUCGGACCCACACAGGGGAGAAGCCGUACAAAUGCCAACAUCCAGGCUGUGUGAAAUCCUUCUCUCAGCUUUCUAAUUUACAAUCACAUUCACGCUCUCAUAUGACGGAUAAGCCAUACCGUUGUAAUUCUUGUUACAAGUGCUUUACUGAUGAGGUUGGCCUAAGAGAACACAUCCCAAAGCAUGCCAACACCAAGCUCCUAAAGACUCAUAUUUGCCAGGUCUGUGGGAAAUCAUAUACCCAGGCUAUAUUUCUGGAGCGACACAUGCAGAAACAUUCAUUUGGUAGCAAUGGCCCUCGAAGGAAUAGUGCCCCUCCACAAGGAACCCCUCUUCAGGAACAUCACCAAGAGAAUCAUCCUGAGCAUCAUCAGGAGCAACAACAUCAUCAGGAUCCACAUCAAGAGCAGCAGCCGUCACAUCUUGAUCCUAAUCACCAUCAGUCCCAGGGGCUCAUCAAGCAAGAGUCAUUUGACUCUGGGAAGUCCGACGCCAGUAAUGGUGGUGCACAUACAAGCCCUAAACAUUCGGCAUUCAAUUCUGUGCAGCCCCAGCAACAAUACUCACAUGUACCUCAUAUACCUAACACAACUGCGCAUACUGCAUAUACCUCAUUUGGCCUCCCACCACCUCGUGUGCCUCACACAAAUACCUCAAUGAAUCCCUCAGCCCUGCCAAACAUCUCCUCCCUUGCAGGUGCCAUGCCUUAUUUCCCUUAUGACCCAACUGGUUUCCGCCCGAUGGAGCCAGAGCGCCCUCUAGUGACCAGGGAGAGCAUGCUCGCUAGCACUCUACUCCGACAAAAUCCAGAGCCACUGAGAAAUGACCACCUCAAUUCCCGCGAGGGGAUGAUAGCCAGUAGUUUGCUGCGCCUACAUGACAUCAAGAACUAUACAAGCCAUCACAUCCCUAGUAUGAUGGCACAUGCCCAUCCUGAUUCACACUCACCGAUACCUAAUAACAAAGAUCUCGGAAAACGUGAAGAGUACCACUAAGUAUACAAGUAAUGAAGUAUGACAGGCUUAGCAUAAUCAAUAUUGAAGCAUAAUUCCAUGCUUAUUUUUUCUUUUUAUUCUUCUUUUGACAUUUUUCAGUAAUUGUUUUGAAUAUCAUAUUGACACCCAUGUUUUGGGACUUCUUUUUGUGAACAUUAUCAAUGUGAACUCUUACCUCAUUCUAGGAGUGUUCAUUUAAGAAGAUCUUAUAACAGACUAUUAUGUUACUAGGUCCCAUACAGGAGAUUCUUCGAUGUAUGAAUUAUUAAAUAAUGAAAUAGUAUUAAGAUAAUGACGUUUGAUGCAAAGGACUUGCUCACUUAUUGUGGUAAAGAUAAAUGUUGACAUGUAUAUUAGAUCAUCAUGUAUUAUAUUCGACAUUACACUGGUGUAUAUAAAAUUAAAAUCUGCAAAGAUGGAUUAAGAAAUUGGAAUGGGUUAUCAUAAGAGUUAGAGUGAUCCAAUCCAUGGUUCCAAAAUCCCAAUACGCAUUUUAUGUGCUACUUUAUGUAAAGUACAAUUUCUUUAUUAUAUGUACAGUGUACAUGUUUAUGUAUUAAUGUUGACAUUUUCGUUGUCAUAUUUUUCUCUGCUAAAAAUCUCAGGUAAUUAAUAUUUUAGGUAUUUGGGUUUACAAAUAUUUUCAGUUGGAUUUUUCCUGCAAAACUGAAUAUUUUCUGGUUAUAACAACACACUAAUGUGUAAAAUGUAAAUGUUUUGUAUCCAUACAGGGUGCUUCAUUAUUAGCGGACACCAGCUCACAAUGUUAUGCAUUCAAUUAAAUAUUAAAAAAAUUACAGUAGCUUAAUUUAGAAUUUGACUUCUCAAAAUUUAUAAAAUAUUUUUCAAGAAAGUGUAAAGAUGUAAAAUAGAUAUAUAUGAAUACUGAACAGUUUAGAUAUGCACAUAUAUUUUGACCUAUUUUGUGCAUUUUGAAUUUAACUAGAAAAGAUUAGCUUGGAACAUUUUGAUGUAUUAACGCAAGAAGGAAGUGUUUUGUAUAUAGUAAAAUUCACUUGUUAUGUAUCUAUAUAAUAUCAUAUAUAUGUAACAGUAUUUUUGUAAUGUUUAUAUUGAUACCAUAUGUGAUAUGGUCAUGUUCUGAUAUUGACUGUACCAUAUGCAAUAGUAACAGUAGUUGGUAUAAAUAUGUUAGAUAUUAGAACUGAGUUGACUGUGCCAUAUUUUAAGGAACGUAUGAAUUUAUUCAACUUAAUAUUUGCCAAUAGGAUAUACACUUUUUGGCAGUUUUAUUCUGAUUUUAGUUUUCAUUAUAGAAAUAUAGCCAAAAUGAUGAAGCCAUAUUUUUGCAUAUGUGAAUAGGGCAUCUAGCCUUGAUGUAAAAUGUGCCAUGGGAAAUAGUUGACUUUAUCAAACGUCACACAUUUAUUGUUUGAUAUAUUUAAAAAGGAUUUAAUUGCCAAAAAUGAAAUGUGCCAUUUCAACAAAAUGGAGCACAGGUAUAUAUAUAGUUCUAAGCUAUUAUGAUAUUUACUCAUUUAUGCUAUUUUUAACUCUGUAACACCUGUGCCCCACCCUGUACAUUUACUUGCAAUAUUGCAUUUUGUGAAUUAUGAACUUACAACAUUAUUUUGAAGUUAGUUGAAGUGUACAUAUUCAGUGACAUAUGCAUACCAGAAUACAACCCUGUAUUGGAAUACAACUGCAUAUGGAAAUACAACAGUGUGAGUUUAUGCAUGUAGAUUGAAAUACAAUGGUAUAAAAUUAUACAUAUCGGAAUACAGGGUACAUAUGAAUUCCAUAGAUAUAACAUAGAAAUAGUUUGCUAACAGAAGUAUUUCCAUUGGCUUGAUCAGUCUUAGAAUGAACAUAGAUUUUGAUACUUAUUUGUGAAAACCAAGCCAUAUUUUAUGAAACAAAAACAUCUCUAAUCCAUUUUUCAUGAAGAUGAACACUUCUAAUAAAAACACUAUAAGUACAUUCUUCAUCCUUCAAGACAACAACAUAUACAUAUGUUUGAGGUAGUUUUGCAUUGGUGCAAUAAAUACAGUAAAACCUGUGAAAGUGGACCAUAUUUGGUACCU